AUGUCCUCGGCAUCACGGAAUUUCCUGCGCAAUGCGUCGCGCACUGUCCAGUCGUGCGCUGGAGGUCGAACAAGCAGUCUCAUGCCAAUUUCACGACGAGCGUUUUGCUCAAGCCCCUCGGCUUCAACGACAACACGCGUAUCCUCAUUGUAUGAAGGAUUCUCUGCGCUCCGAGUUGGUGGAAUGCGGGUGCCCGCCCGACGAGGGCAGACGACCUUUUCGGCAUCAGUUCUUCAGCAUCGGAAUGCUCACUCGGAUGCCCAGACGCAAACAGACGCUGCUUCUGCAACUCCAGAAUCAUCCAGCAAAGCAGAGACAACAGAAAAGGCGAGCGAAGCCAAAGCCGAGCAGGCUCAGGCAAAGUCAGACAUAGAAAAACUAAAAGAGGAAAAAGACGACCUCAUGUCGCGUCUACGGUACUUGCAAGCCGACCUUCUCAACGCGCAGAGAAUCGCCCAAAUAGAGAAAGAUAAGGCGAAAGACUUUGCCAUUUCCAAGUUUGCCAAUGAUCUCUUACAGACCGUCGACACGCUCGAAAUGGCGCUCAAGACGGUGACAGAGUCGUCAUCAUCCGUCUCUAGUUCAAGCUCGUCUUCAUCCUCGAGUUCCUCUUCCUCUUCCAGCUCCAGUUCCUCCAGUUCCUCGAGCAGCAGCAGCAGCAGCGAAUCAGAAACCGAGUCUGAAAGUGCUACUUCCGCUGCAAAAGGUGGCGAGUCUGCUCUCGUCGAGGGAGUAACACUCACCCACCGAGCGCUUCUAUCGACUUUGGCAUCCCACGGAAUCACUCCCUUCAAUCCUGCGGGCGAGCCAUUCGAUCCCAAUUGGCACGAGGCUCUCUUCGAAGUCCCUCAGGCAGUCGCAAGCUCUCUCCCUGCCAUGGCUGGCAAAGAGAUCAAGCCUGGGAUGAUUGUGGACACGCUCAAGAUUGGCUACAAGAUCAAGGACAGGUGUCUCCGCGCCGCUCAGGUCGGCGUCGUGUCUGAAGCAUAG